AUGGCACCUCGAACCGAGCCUCCGUCGGCGGGCAGGACGCGCAAACGGUUUCUCGCAGACGGUAAUGACGCCGUGGCUCUGGCUGCUUCCAUAGCGGAGGCGCAAGAGGAGAAGGCGCACGAGAAAAUCAAACACCAUCAAGAGGUCUCGGAGGCUGGCCAAGGACCCUCGAAUGCACCUCGCUCGAAGAGCAAGUCGGCCUCUCGCGUCCGAUUAAAGGAGAAGAAGGCCGCGCUUCUUGCCCAGAAGGCUCAAACGAAGAAGAAGAGAACGAAACUGAAGAAGCAGCGUUCCCAGCCUGAGCCUGAUGGCGCUGAGGCGCCCGCCCCGUCUGGCGUCUCGGGUGACGCGACGGAGGCCCCUCGCAAACGGCCAAAAGCGAUCCCUUUGUCGAGAGACAUCAUCACAUUCAUGCCUGCGUUGCAGGUUCUGAAUGCUGACGCUGACGGCCGCACCGCGUCCGUGUGCGGCUUUCCCUUGUCUUUCUCGACUCUGAUAAAUGACGACUGGGAUGCGAUGAAAUCAAGACGCGCCGCAAACAAGACUGGUGUCGCAGCUCGCCUCAGGGUCCCAAAGCGAUCUCGUUCAACUUCGUCAUCGGCUUCCUACGCAUCAGUUUCCUAUAUCGAUAACUUAAGCCCAGACGAGUAUGUACAGCAUCUGGAGAAGACACGAGAAGCCCUCAGGCAAUUUCCGGAGGUCCCCCGCUCCCGAAGUCCGUCACCCGCGAUCGCUGAGUCCCCGGGAAAGAAGAAGGGGAAGCCUGCACCUCCAUCACUGCAGGACGCAGUCCGGACGAUUAUCAGAGCAUCGAAGGGCAAUCCUGCAUACGGGGGAUGGCACAAACUCACGACGCUGCUCAGAACCUCGACGUCGAUCGGCAAGCCGACGUACAUUAUCAGGCGCUCGUCCCUUGUACCCGCAGAGCCGCCGGAGAAUGGCUGGCCUAAGAUGUUCAAGACACCCGAGGAGUCGGAGGCGUGGCUGGCGCGGAGGGAAGCAGAGCGCAAGAUCAAUGCGUGGCAGCUCUCCAUCGAGCGCGACACCGCGGCGCGCCCCUCGAAAGCGCCGUGUCGAAUCUCAAACUUCGACGUAUCAUCCUACCUCCCGCCCUCCUUCCCCAAUUCGCAGGUCAUCACCUCGACCCCCAAACCGGACGAUCAAGUGAAAGUCCGACGCAAGCCAUCACCCAUACUCCCCCUCCCUUCCCGAGCGGCGCUCUCACCGCCGGUCGCACUCUCACCUAAGCAUGCACCCUUCCCCUUGCCCUACCUCCCGCCCUCGCCGCCUACAUGCAUACAGUCAGAGUUAGGAUCUGUUCCGCUCGUGAAUGCUCAAUCUGUUCCGCUUGCACAUGCUGCUUCAUCGUCGUCUAUCCCCGGAUUGGGAUUGGGACCGCGCGCGAGCCCGACGCCGUUGAGGGGCAAGCGGCGAAGGCCUGCGACUCCCGAGCAGCCGUCCAAGCGCGCGCGGACGGAAGACGACGUGCCUCUUGAGGAAACGGACGAGCGACUGUACCGGCCUGCGUCAAUAGGGUCGCCUAGUGGUAUGGGGGAUCCGAAUGGCGGGGCGAAUCCUUCUGAGCGGAAGACGUCCGCACCACAACCGCCUACGCUCACCGACCUGCUAUCUGCGAAGCGCACAGCAUCCCCGGAGAAGGCGUCACCGAGGAAACGUCGACGGUCGUCUGCGACGAACUUCGUCUUCACGCCCGUCACUCGCAAGCCGCCAGACAACAUUAACUACGACGAUGAGCAACGUGAGCCUCGUGCACUGCAUCUUUCACCAAUCCAAGAUCCCGCUCCUCAGCCUCCAGCAGCCCAGCCUCCAGUACCUACGCCCGAUACCAUCCCCGAACCGCGACCUCCGUCGCCAGACCCUUUCAUUGCUCAGUCCGGUGCUCCCUUCUUUGUUCAUUCUGCAUCCGCCAUUACCAUAGCCAGCUCGCCGACGGAUACCCAUGGGGCGCGCACGCAGGGCAGUCACAUCGCGGACAGUCGCUUCGCGGGUAGCCACAUUGCGUCAGUCCAGGGUAGCCACAUCGCGUCCUUACAAGGCAGCCACCCCGCGGUGAAGCAGAGCUCGGGGUCGAGCUUUGAGCCCGGGCAGGGGCAACCCUUCGCGUCCUUUGGUGGGAUGUUCGACCCUCCGUUCACGUCGACGGCGCCAGACAACGUGACGCAUAAUGGGUCGAAUCAGGGUGAAGGCGAACACAAUGGGACCGGCCACUCCCAGCAUAACACGGGCGGCGACGACGACUACAUGGGCACCGGCCGCUCUCAGAACGGCCCGAGCAGCAGCUUCGACGAUGUCAUCCUGGGCGAGUCCAUGCCACCCGCAAGCCAGUACAAUUCGCAGGGCGAUCCGGGGUUCCAGUACAACUCGCAGCUCGAGUUCGAGGACAAGCUCGAGGCGGCGAGCCGGAGGAUUGAGGAGGACGUGGAUCCGCUGGCGUGGUUGAAUGACACGUUCGGGAGCGAUCAGGUGGAUGGGCUUCUCCGACUGUCUCGCUCUUCGCUUUUGAUCAUGAAGAUUCCCUUGUUGAUCGUACUGACCGUUGCAGCCGUUUCUCUAGUUCGUUAUGCACUUGGAAUGUGGCGCAAGCGUCGGCUCUUGCGCCAUGUACCCGGACCAAGCUCCAACAGUCUCCUGCUUGGAAACCUCCCUGAACUGCUUCGUUCUCCUGCCGCAGAAAUGGAAUUUGACUGGCAAGAACGCUAUGGCGGUGUCGUGAAGUACAAUGGUGCCUUCGGAGAACAGCUUCUGAUGAUAUCCGACCCGGUCGCAGCUCAGUACGUCGUCCAAACGUCGGGCUAUAGCUUCAUACGGCCAUCGGACCGCAAGGAGGUGUCAAGGCAGCUCUUGGGGAAGGGGAUCCUCACCGUGGAAGGCCACGACCAUAAGCGCCACAGGCGUAUCAUGGUACCAGGACUAAGCAGCGUAGAGGUCAACUCGUCAAUGAUGAAAAUCUUUAGUUUCGUGUCUGUUUUCACCGCGAAGGCCGCGCGGUGUGCGAUGUCCCAUUCUGGACAGCGCGCGCGACUUUGGGCAAGUCUCGUAGCAAAAGAUUUCCAGAGCAUUCGAAAGCUUAUCCACGGUUUAGACGCACUCGGAGAAGCCGCCUUCGACUACCACUUCAACGCGCUUGACGAUGAUGACAACGCAAUGGCGAAAGUCUACCAUAACCUCCUGUCUAAGACGCGUCGAAACCCCUCUAACUACGAGAUAUUCAUAGCUGAAGCCAUCGGGAGAUUACCCAGCAUUCUCGUCCAAUAUUGGAACGACUUCGUUCCCAAUCGACGACGCGCUCAUGCCGCUCGGUGCAAGGCAGUCGCUGAGCCUAUUGCGCGCGACCUGGUCGCCAGGAAGCUGUCCGCAUUGCAGGCGGGAGAGACCGGGACCGACGUCAUGAGCCGCCUAGUGCAAGCGAACGCCUCUGCGGACCCUGACGAUCGCCUUGACGAGGAAGAACUCCUCGCUCAGCUGCUCACCAUGAUUCUCUCUGGACACGAGACCACCGCGAACACCCUUUCAUGGGCAUUGUAUGAGCUCUGUCGAUAUCGAGACGUACAGACACGGCUUCGCACGGAACUUCGCUCCUUCCGCGCAACAUCGGGCUCGUCCGAACCCUCUGCCGCCGCAUUCGAUGGCAUGCCCUACCUCACUGCUGUAGUGAAGGAAACACUUCGAUUCCACGCGCCAGUCUACAAUACCGCCCGCACGGCGGCACGCGAGGACGUUGUUCCUCUUGGCGAGCCCAUCGUCGAUAGCCGUGGACAAUCUAUCUAUGAGAUACCUGUCCUCGAAGGUCAGAGGGUGCUUAUUUCCAUUGCCGCGUACAACAGAAAUAAGGCCAUCUUUGGCCCAGACGCCGACCAAUACAACCCAGAACGGUGGCUGAAGCCCGGCUACGUCAAUCGUCAAGCGUCUAUUGGGAUGUAUGGCAACCUCUUGACUUUCGGUGGUGGGCAUCGAGGCUGUCUAGGCUGGAGGUUUGCCGUACUCGAGCUGUCUGCUUUCCUGUUCGAACUCAUCAAUCGCUUCGAUUUCGCAAUCUCCCCAACCCUGCGGGUUCACCGAGGGGCCGCGGCGGUCAUGGUACCCAUGUUGGAAGGGGAGCUGGAUAAAGGGACACAGUUACCGCUGUUCGUGAGACAUGCCGCGUUCUCGGAGUAA